CUCUUCCGCGCCGGCAGGGGCAGCAGCGGGAGCGGCGCGGGGCGGUUCGGAGCGGCGCGAACGGCCAGGAGCGGCCCGGCCCGGCCUGGCGCGGCGGCGGCGGCGGCAGCAACAACGCCAGAGGCUGUGGGUGCCGUUCACGAGGCUGCCGCAGUAGGCCCGGCGUCCGGAGGCCGCCGCUGCCGCCAUGCCGCUGCUCUUCCUCGAGCGCUUCCCCUGGCCCAGCCUCCGUACCUACACAGGCCUCAGCGGCCUGGCCCUGCUUGGCACCAUCGUCAGCGCCUACCGCGCCCUCAGCCAGCCCGAGGCCGGGCCCGGGCCCGGGCCCAGCCAUUCGGAGCCGCUAACGGCCUCCCUGCAGCCGGACCCGCUCGCUCCAGCCCCGGCGAGCAUCGGAGGACCUCGGGCCCGCGAAGUGGCCCAGUACCUGCUCUCGGACAGCCUGUUCGUGUGGGUCCUGGUAAAUACUGCUUGCUGUGUUUUGAUGUUGGUGGCUAAGCUAAUCCAGUGUAUUGUGUUUGGACCUCUUCGAGUGAGCGAGAGGCAGCACCUCAAAGACAAGUUUUGGAAUUUUAUUUUCUACAAGUUCAUUUUCAUAUUUGGUGUGCUGAAUGUCCAGACAGUGGAAGAGGUGGUCAUGUGGUGCCUCUGGUUUGCUGGCCUUGUGUUUCUGCAUCUCAUGGUUCAGCUCUGCAAGGACCGAUUUGAAUAUCUUUCCUUCUCUCCUACAACACCAAUGAGCAGCCAUGGCCGAGUCCUGUCUCUGUUGAUUGCUAUGCUGCUUUCCUGCUGUGGGUUAGCAGUUGUCUGUUGCAUCACGGGCUACACUCAUGGGAUGCACACGUUGGCUUUCAUGGCUGCAGAGUCUCUUCUUGUGACAGUGAGGACUGCUCAUGUGAUUUUGCGAUACGUCAUUCACCUCUGGGACCUCAACCAUGAAGGGACAUGGGAAGGAAAGGGGACAUAUGUUUAUUACACAGAUUUUGUCAUGGAACUUACUCUCUUGUCCCUGGACCUCAUGCACCAUAUUCACAUGUUGUUAUUUGGCAACAUCUGGUUGUCCAUGGCCAGCCUGGUGAUCUUUAUGCAGCUGCGCUAUUUGUUUCAUGAGGUACAGCGCCGGAUCCGUCGGCACAAAAACUAUUUGCGUGUGGUGGGAAACAUGGAAGCCAGGUUUGCGGUCGCAACUCCUGAGGAGCUGGCUGUCAAUAAUGAUGACUGUGCAAUCUGCUGGGACUCUAUGCAGGCUGCAAGAAAACUGCCCUGUGGACAUCUUUUCCAUAACUCCUGUCUUCGUUCCUGGCUAGAACAAGACACCUCCUGUCCAACAUGCCGAAUGUCUCUUAAUAUUGCUGACAGUAACCGUGUCAGGGAGGACCAUCAAGGAGAGAACUUGGAUGAAAACUUGGUUCCUGUGGCAGUAGCCGAAGGCAGGCCUCGCUUAAACCAACACAAUCACUUCUUUCACUUUGAUGGGUCCCGGAUUGCCAGUUGGUUGCCGAGUUUCUCUGUGGAAGUGAUGCACACCACCAACAUUCUUGGCAUUGCUCAGGCAAGCAACUCCCAGCUGAAUGCAAUGGCUCAUCAGAUCCAGGAAAUGUUCCCCCAGGUUCCGUACCACUUGGUGCUGCAGGACCUCCAGCUGACACGCUCAGUUGAAAUAACAACAGACAACAUUUUAGAAGGACGGAUUCAAGUACCUUUUCCCACACAGCGCUCAGAUAGCAUUCGACCUGCAUUGAACAGUCCGAUGGAAAGACCAAACAGUGACCCGGAGGAGGGAGAAACUUCAACUCAGACUGAGCGUGUGCCACUGGAUCUCAGUCCUUGGCUGGAGGAGACCCUGGACUUCAGUGAGGUGGAGGCGGAGCCCAGCGAGGCGGAAGACUUUGAGGCUCGGGGAAGUCGCUUCUCCAAGUCCGCUGAUGAGAGACAGCGCAUGCUGGUCCAGCGCAAGGAUGACCUCCUGCAGCAAGCGCGGAAGCGUUUCUUAAACAAAAGUUCUGAAGAUGACUCGGCCUCAGAGAGCUACCUCCCCUCAGAAGGCGCAUCCUCUGACCCUGUGACCCUCCGUCGGAGGAUGUUGGCUGCUGCCGCCGAACGGAGACUUCAGAAGCAGCAGAGCUCCUAGCGUUGCCUCAUCUUCCUUAGCCGCUGCCUUCGGAGCGUGUGCCCACAAGGAAGAGGCCUCCCAGUUCUGCCUGCUGUGUGAAGAAGUGGGCUUGACUGCAUUGCCGCUGUAUAAAGCAUGUGGUCUUCAUAGUGUUUGGACAGCUGACAAAUUUAAUCCUUUUUGUAAUACUUUCUAUGUGACCUUUCGCCUCCCCUUAGAAGCACUGCACAUUUUAACUCUAGACAUGAUCUCUCUGGCAUUGACUGGACUUCUUGGGGUUGGUGGGGAAGGUUGAGAUGAAGUAAGUACCAGAGACCUGCAGCAGCAGCUUGGCUA